AUGGGAGGUGGCCGCAACCCCCAUCGUGAAGAGCAAGUGAAGGGUCUGAACGUUGUCGCUUUGGCCCAUGGUAAAGCAGCUAUCCGUGAAAACGCGGGCCGCCCUCUGGUUAGGGACUUGGUCGCGGAGCUCUUGCGCCUGGAACUGACUGCCGCGCAGCGGGACAAAGUUUCCCAGCUCUCAGCCUCAUACGAGGCAAGCUUCGGGGAAGCGGGCGAGGGCCCCCAACCCGAAGCCAACGAGGACGCCGGCAGGGCAUGGAAGUUUUCGGCCGUGCAGCUGACCUACAACUCCUCUUCCGAGGAGUUUGGUGCACAGGACCUUGACGUCCUUCGCCGGCUGUUUGACCGCUUUGUGGUCUUCCUUGGCGGCCUUUCCGAAACGCUUGGCGCACAAGGUGUGUCGGCGACCAUGGAACGCGCCUCCCCCUUGCAGGUGCAUUUGCACGCCUACUUGCACCUCAAGAAGCCCUUCCAACGGCGUGGCGCCGACGCCCUGCGCCCCUUUGCCUUUGAAGGCAUCCGGCCCCACCUGGAACCUAACCGGGCUUCAGGCAAAGCCUUUGCAGGAGCCAUCCGCCUCGGCCAUUUCUACGUGGUGGCGGACAAGGUCGGCUCCUUGUUUAACUACACCACGUACCCCCCCUUCCAAGCUUAUGCUGUGGAAGGGUGGUGGCUGGACAACCUCCUCAAAGGCGGGAAAUUGACCCGACAAACUUACCUGACCUUGGCUGCCCAGGUCACGGUAGGGUUCCAGAAGAGGUUGGGGGACUGCAAGGCAGCGGAAAGGUACUUGCGAGAAGAGGCGGUGCGCGAGGCUGUCCGUGCGCAUCCGCCCAACUUUGGAAAAACUUUUUUUUUGAGUGGCCAUACCAUGUCUCAGGACUUUAUUGGACGUCACGAUGGGUCGCCUCAGUUUCGCCGCCCAGUGCUGGCCAUUGUGGGUGGGACGCGGCUUGGCAAAUCAAUGCUUGCCGCCAACAUCCUAGACCGCAUUGCCUGCCGGCUCGGGCUGCCUGGGUUUUUGGAGGUGACAGUCGAGGAGAGUGAGCAGAUGGACUUAGCCGAGUUUGACCGCCGCGAACAUGCGGGCGUCAUUCUUGACGGAGUUUCUGAUGCUUACUUUUUGAAAAGACACCGUGAGGCUUUGCAGGGGCGGCCGAAGGCGCUAAAGAGCGCAAAAUCAGCCACGAAUGUGUACGCAUACACGUACUCCUUUUGUGGCCGGGCUGUUGUUGCCACUUUGGACCUCUCUGCCGAGAAUUUAGAGGCUUUUGAUGAGGACCACUGGCUGCGCAACCGUGACAAUGUCAUUUAUCUGAAGCUGCAAGAGCCUGCUUAUAUCCUUGAUAAUGCUGUUGCCGCUGCUGCUCCGGCUGUCUCUUCUCCUGUCCCAGCGCGCGAGAACAAGCGACGGUGGAUUGCAUCGCCGGGCAAUGACGAAAACAUUUUUCAUUGA